UUUCCAGACGCUGCAGUUCAUUGGACAUGGAUCCCUCUGGUGGUGAAGCACAGCAGAUGCAGGAGCAGCUGAAUGUGAUUCUGCAGGAACUGAAACUACCAGAAGAAUGUUUAGACGGUGCUCUAAAGCUGGUCUCCAACCACAGCCGUACUCCUGGACACACCAAAGAUCUGCUUGAUUUCCUCAAACCUCUGAAGGAUCAUCUCCAAUCAAAAGGGACAUGUUCGGAGGUGAAGGUCUACACUGUGGUCACCGGUAAAACCCAUGGAGCUGACAGAGACAUACUGGAGCAGGUCACCAGUCUGCAGAGUCUCAAAGUGGACAUGGUCUCAAACCCUCAGGACUGUGAUGUUGUCGUCAUCUUCUGUCCAAUCGUGUCUCGUGUGGGAUCAGAUGUGGAAGCAGCGAUGAGGAGGAUCCCAGAGUGUUUGGGACAGAAGCCUGUGAUUCUAGUGUUGAUGCAUCACCUCAGAAAAGAAGACAACUCGAUUGAAGAAACUGAUUGGUCGCAUUUGUACCCAAACGUCAAGAAAGAAAUUCACAUUCUCUUCCAUGAGACCAUGAACGGAUUACUGAGGUGUAAAAGAAACGAUGAGGCCAUUCAAAAACUACGUGACCAGUGUAAACGUUACGCUAAAAGAGAGUCGGAGAUCAAGGAGCUGAAAAAGCAGUUAUCCAGUUCUCCACCUGCUCCUGAUGAGACCUACCACACAGGUGGGGGGUCAAAGCGCCUCUGUCCCACCCCCUCACAUGGACCUGAUGGAGACAGCCCAGGGACAUGUUCGGAGGUGAAGGUCUACACUGUGGUCACCGGUAAAACCCAUGGAGCUGACAGAGACAUACUGGAGCAGGUCACCAGUCUGCAGAGUCUCAAAGUGGACAUGGUCUCAAACCCUCAGGACUGUGAUGUUGUCGUCAUCUUCUGUCCAAUCGUGUCUCGUGUGGGAUCAGAUGUGGAAGCAGCGAUGAGGAGGAUCCCAGAGUGUUUGGGACAGAAGCCUGUGAUUCUAGUGUUGAUGCAUCACCUCAGAAAAGAAGACAACUCGAUUGAAGAAACUGAUUGGUCGCAUUUGUACCCAAACGUCAAGAAAGAAAUUCACAUUCUCUUCCAUGAGACCAUGAACGGAUUACUGAGGUGUAAAAGAAACGAUGAGGCCAUUCAAAAACUAUAUGACCAGUGUAAACGUUACGGUAAAAGAGGUAAAUAUGCCCCGCCCUCUGGUAAUCAGACAAACUCAUUGAUACAAUCCAUCUAUAGCUAUGUCAAAAGAAAGUAAUCACAACAUAAAACUGAGGAACAUGAGUGGAUCUGUUCAACAAAUGUAAUCGAUGUUGUAUAAUAACCCAGUGAAAGAGGAAAUACCUUUCAAAAUAAAACCACUGCAACAUCA